AUGAACUCGAAGUAUCUCCUGCGCUGCACGCUCCUACUUGCCCAUCUCCUUCUUUGUCGGGCUGCAUAUCCCAAGCUUGUAGAGCUGGCAGACUAUGCGAGUGACACAGAUGCCCCGCUCAUGGAUACGAGAGCGGAGAGAUCAUGUACGGCAGAUAUGCAAGAGGAAGGAUCAUCAAGUCGAAGAUGGCUUCCAGGGCUACGAGCAAAACGAAAAAGCAAACCGAGCUGGACCAGAAAUCCUGAAGCAAACCAUAUUAAUGAAGCUGAACUAAAGGAACUGAAUUUUUUCGUAGACAGGAUGUACUCGUCGAGACCCAGUUGCAAAUCGUUCCUAAGGGGUGAAGCUGGUGACAAGAAUGAUCCGAAACCGCCAGCUGCAAUCGAACAGUAUGGCGAACGUAUCAUCUUAGCUCAAGAGCUGAUCAAGCAGUUCAACAAAGAUGUAGAGAACCAGGAAACAGAAACAUCUCGAGAAUUGAGAGGACUGAUCAACGUGGCAACUGCUGAACCAGCCUCCGUUUACGCGCAAGCCAAGAUUCUGAUUUAUGCAAAAGCACUUACCCAUAUUACUUACUCCGAAAAAAUCAAAGAUCAGAAGCAGAAAGAACUCAUGAAUGCAAACAUCAAGGCCAUCAGUCGUAAAUGGAGUACGCGCUUUGGUUGCCGCCCACUCGACGACACAUGCAGGGGCCUCAUCAAUAGUUUACCUUACGUGUUCGAUUUCUCAGGCAGUCUUUCAAAGGAGUUUCCGCACAUUAAGUAUCUUUAA